AUGCAGCUGCGGAUCUCGCCGAGCAUGCGCAGCAUCACCAUCUCCAGCAGCAAUGGCGUCGUCGACUCCAUGAAGGUGCGCGUCGCGCCUCAGCCGCCCCCGCCGCCGCCGCCGCCGCACGGGGCCGCCCGGCGCGGCGGGGGAGGCGGAGGGGGGUGGUACUGUCGCGCGGUCGCGUUCCCUGUCGUCGUGGCGCUCGGCUGUCUCCUGCCCUUCGCCUUCAUCCUCGCCGCCGUCCCCGCUCUCGAGGCAGGCGGAAGCAAGUGCUCCUCCGUCGAUUGCUUGGGGAGGCGAAUAGGGCCUAGUUUCCUUGGUAGGCAGGGGGGUGAUUCUACAAGGCUGGUGCAAGAUCUGUAUGAAAUUUUUGAUCAAGUUAACAAUGAGGAAUUCCCAUCCAAUGAAAAGUUACCAGAAUCAUUCAGGGAUUUUCUUUUGGAGAUGAAGGAUAACCAUUAUGAUGCUAGAACAUUUGCCGUUAGGUUGAAAGCUACGAUGGAAAGCAUGGAUAAGGAGGUAAAGAGGUCAAGGUUGGCAGAACAGCUGUAUAAACAUUAUGCUGCAACUGCUAUUCCCAAAGGAAUCCAUUGCUUGUCUCUGCGCCUUACUGAUGAAUACUCCUCAAAUGCUCAUGCACGGAAACAGUUACCGCCACCAGAACUAUUACCUUUGCUUUCUGAUAAUUCCUUCCAACAUUAUAUUCUAGCCAGUGAUAACAUUCUUGCUGCUUCAGUUGUUGUCAGCUCCACUGUACGAUCUUCCUCAGUGCCCGAGAAAGUAGUCUUCCAUGUUAUUACUGAUAAGAAAACAUAUCCUGGGAUGCAUUCAUGGUUUGCUCUUAAUUCCAUAUCUCCUGCAAUAGUUGAAGUAAAAGGUGUUCACCAGUUUGACUGGCUGACAAGAGAAAAUGUCCCGGUACUAGAGGCUAUAGAAAACCAUCGCGGAGUUAGAAAUCACUAUCAUGGAGAUCAUGGUACAGUUUCCAGUGCAAGUGACAAUCCUAGGGUGCUUGCUUCAAAGUUGCAGGCUCGGAGCCCCAAAUACAUUUCCCUGCUGAACCAUCUCCGCAUUUAUUUGCCUGAGCUCUUUCCCAACCUCAACAAGGUGGUCUUCCUCGAUGAUGACAUUGUUGUUCAGCGUGACUUGUCUCCCCUUUGGGCAAUCAAUCUUGAAGGGAAGGUGAAUGGAGCUGUGGAAACAUGCAGAGGGGAAGACAGCUGGGUGAUGUCUAAGCGUUUCAGGACGUAUUUCAACUUUUCGCAUCCUGUGAUAGCUCGGAGUCUUGACCCAGAUGAAUGUGCUUGGGCAUAUGGUAUGAAUAUAUUUGAUCUGGCAGCUUGGAGGAAGACAAACAUCAGGGAUACAUAUCAUUUCUGGUUGAAGGAGAAUCUAAAAUCUGGUCUUACACUCUGGAAAUUUGGUACUUUACCACCCGCCCUUAUAGCAUUUAGGGGUCAUGUGCAUGGCAUAGACCCAUCAUGGCACCUGCUUGGCUUAGGAUACCAAGACAAGACAGAUAUUGAGAGUGUCAGGAGGGCUGCAGUGAUACAUUACAAUGGCCAGUGCAAGCCAUGGCUAGACAUUGCUUUUAAGAACCUUCAACCAUUUUGGACAAAGCAUGUAAACUACUCCAACGACUUUGUUAGAAACUGCCAUAUUUUGGAGCCUCAGCAUGUCAAGGAGUGA